CGUUUCCGUUUUUAUCGUCUUCUUCACGAAGAACCUAAUUUUUGAAUCUCUGAAAGGGAAACAGUCUGAAACCGCAAGCCUGACUGUGAAACAACGUUUGCCGCUUGAAGCCGCCGGUAAUUUCGAUGUCCCUGAUGACUGGUUGAGGGUGGGCAUCCAAGAUAUCCGAGAAAAAUCUGCCGGGGGUAAGGGAAAUUUUUGGGGGUUGAGGGACCCUCCUCCCUCCGCCCUUGCUCGGUACUGGACCACCCUUAUUUCCAACACACCAAUCACACUGCACCCACAGCACCGCUACACCAAUUAGGCCUCUGGUUUGCUGAUGAGAAAAAUCCACUUUGGAAAGAGAAGAAAAUAUCACAAUUAGUUGCUAAGUUUGGGAAGCUUAAUUAGGAAGCAUGGAGAAAAAAUCGGAAGAGAAAUCACAUCGAGAAAAGCGAAAAGAGGCUCGGUUAGAAAAGAAAGCGAAGAAAUAUCAAGCUCUGCUCCAACAGCAGGAAUAUCAGAAGCUUAAGAAAAAGUCUGGAAAUUCAAACUCAGAAAGUGUAAAAAAACCGAAUAAUAUGUUUGGUCACAAUGUAAAAGAGAGAGGAUUUUUGCAACCAAAUGGUAACUCUGAGAGACAUCAGAGUUUGGAGAAAAUUAACAUGCCAAAGGAGGUUGAGGAUACACUGGUGUCGUCGGGAUUUAAUGGUUCUAGUACAUCGAAGGUGGUGAAAGGAAAGAAGGGUUCUAAAAGAAAUUUGAAAAGGACGAAUUUUGAGGAGUAUCUUGAAAUGGAGAUGCAGAAAUCUGCUGUACCCGCGGAGGAGGAUUUGGAAUUGGAAAGGAAACUUGCAAAGAAACUCAAGGUGAAGGUUGGAAAAUUAAGAGGAGAGGACGAUGGUAUCAAUUCAUUAUUUGAAGGAAUCCCAUCUAUUAUUGAUUCUUUGGGGGAGGAAGAACUCCCAGGUGCUGAGGAAUUUUCUGAGAAGAGCUCUAAAAGUAAGAAAUGUAAGAAGAAGAAGAAGAAGUCAUUGGACCAAGGGCUAGAAAGUGAUGUUGUAGGUGACUCUAGUGUUGGAGCGUCUGAACCAGUGAAAAUAUGUGAUGCAUACAUGUCAGAAGAAGGUACUGCUGAGGCGCCUUCAAGGAAGAAGUGUAAGAAAAGAAAGUUGCAAGAGCCAGGACAAGAAUGUGAUGAGGUGGGUGAUACAGCUAUUGGUGCAUCAAAGCCAGUUGAGUCUUGUGGUGACAAAGUGGUGUCAGAAGAAGUUUCUGCCAAGGCACCUGCAGCGAAGGGACAUGGAAAAUAUGUUGCACCUCACUUGAGAGGUCGUUCAGGAAAUGAGUCAGAAGAGUAUACCAAAAUACGCAGACAUGUACGGGGUCUUCUGAAUAGGUUGUCUGAAUCUAAUGUGGAAUCAAUGACGGGGGAAAUAUCCACAAUCCUUCUUUCUAUUGCUCGCAGUGCUGCUUCACAGAUAAUCAGCGAGGAGGUUUUGGCAUCUUGUUCUGGAGGUCCUCGUGGCAAUGAACAGUAUGCUGCUGUUUUUGGUGCUUUUGUUGCAGGGAUGACAUGUUUAGUUGGAAUUGACUUCGGCGCAAAGCUUAUGGCUUCCCUUGCUAAAUGUUUUGAGGAUGAGUACCACAGAGAAGACAAUCUUUCCUUGCGAAAUCUCACUCUUUUGCUCUCCAAUUUAUACACAUUUGGAGUUUGCUCAAGUGAUUUGAUAUGUGACUUCCUGACAAUGCUGGGCAAGCGAUUAACAGAGAUUGAUGUCUCUACCAUCUUGACAACUUUACAAUGCUGUGGAAUGAAAAUAAGGAGUGAUGAUCCUGCUGCAAUGAAAAAUUUUAUUCUUAGUGUUCAGAAUAGGGUGAAUGAGUUGAAGGCCUCCUCUGGAGAUGGCCAGGAAAAAAUAAACGGCAAGAGAAUGGAGUUCAUGCUUGAAACCAUAUGCGACAUCAAGAACAACAAGAAAAAGCCUAAAGAGGAUCCUGCACAUCACACACGGAUAAAAAAAUGGCUACAAAAGUUAAGAGCAGAAGACAAUUUAAUUAGAGGGCUCAAAUGGAGCAAGCUUCUUGAUCCUAAUAAGAAGGGCCAAUGGUGGUUGUCUGGUGAUAUGGCUUCCACAGUGGACAAGGUUGAAGAGGUUGCGAGCACAAUAGACAAAGAGGUUCUUGAAGCCCAAAAAAUGCUGCAGCUUGCUGCUGCACAGAGGAUGAACACAGAUGCCAGAAGGGCAAUCUUUUGCGUAAUCAUGAGUGGGGAGGACUAUAUUGAUGCUUUUGAGAAGCUUCUAAGGUUGGAUUUACAUGGGAAGCGGGACAGAGAGAUCAUGCGCGUUCUUGUAGAGUGCUGUUUACAGGAGAAAGUGUUUAACAAGUAUUACACUGUUCUGGCUUCCAAGUUGUGCGAGCAUGACAAAAACCACAAGUUCACUUUACAGUUUUGCCUUUGGGACCACUUCAAAGAGCUGGAGUCAAUGCAGCUUAUUAGGUCAAUGCACCUAGCAAAAUUUGUAGCAGAGAUGGUUUCCUCUUUCACCCUCUCCCUCGCAGUUUUGAAGUCUGCAGAACUCGGUAACAUCAAGGUGCUCACCCCAAAAAGGAUUAUGCAUUUCCGGAUGAUAUUCGAGGCCCUUUUUGAGUAUCCCGAUAAGCUUAUCUGGAACAUAUUCACACGUGUGGCUGUCACCCCCGAGCUCGAAAGUCUUAGGCGUGGCAUUGAGUUUUUCAUCAAGGAGUAUGUUGUAAAGACCAAUAAAGCCAUUACAGAAAAAUUUAAGGUUGCAAAGAAAGCCCUUAGUAAUGCUGAAGGAGUCCUCAUGUGAGUUUCCAUUCUCACCAAUUUUUGUAGCUUAAAUUAGUUAAUUGCUAGAUUUGAUGUUGGAAUGUCCUUGCAUCUUACUGAUGAUCUAUACAAGUACAUGUGUUUAUAUUAAUUGCUUUGAAUGAUGGAAGUGUAUUUAUACAGAUGAGUUUUUGCAAAGCACUGGUAUCAUAAGAA